AUGGAGACUUCCUCCUUAGGGACUCCCAGAGUGAGUAAGAGCUCCCUCACUCAGCCAUUAGGCCACCACCCUCUCCAGGGGCCCCUCCCAGCCAGGUGUCAGCAGAGAAGGAGGAGAAGGGGAAGAGGAGGAGAGGAAAAGAGGGAGGGAGUGAGGCCACCACUCAGGUCCAGGCUGCUGGCUCCCAGGCCUGGUGUUGGUGGGAGGGGCCGGGCGGGGCGGGAACAGCCGGCUGCCUGCCAGGAGCCAAAACGAAAGCACUCUGGCAGGGACUGGAUGGGAGUCACGACUCCUGGGAGAGGGCGUGCGCAAGCGGCCCAGCGCCGGGACCCCGAGACUGGGGAGGGCUUCCGGCCCCUCCUGCCCGCAGGCACGCAGCUGAGUGGGAGAAGAGGUGUGGUGUCAGCCCCCCUUCGGGGGGCGGGCAGGACAGGGCCUCAGGCCUGGGUGCUGCCUGGCACCUGGAAGAUGCCUGUGCCCUGGUUCUUUCUGUCCUUGGCACUGGGCCGAAACCCUGUGGUCCUCUCUCUAGAGAGGGUUGCGGGGCCUCAGGACACUGCCCGCUGCUCUCCGGGCCUUUCCUGCCACCUCUGGGAUGGUGAUGUGCUCUGCCUGCCUGGGAGCCUCGUGUCUGCCCCAGGCCCCGUGCUGGUGCCCACAGGCCUGCAGACAGAGCUGGUGCUAAGGUGCUACAAGGAUACCGACUGUGACCUCUGUGUGCGUGUGGAUGUCCACUUGGCUGUGCAUGGGUACUGGGAAGAGCCUGAAGAUGAAGAGACGUUUGGAAUUGCAGAGGACCCAGCGAUCGAGGAGCCUAAGAACGGUGAGGAGAAGCCGGCUUGGCCCAACUGCCCCUCGCCAGAGCCUUGCCCAGGGCCCCUGAGCCUGACCGACCCCCUGCCCUGUUGCUCACAGCCUCUCUCCAGGCCCACGUCGUGCUCUCCUUCCAGGCCUACCCUACUGCCCGCUGCGUCCUACUGGAGGUGCGAGUGCCUGCUGCCCUCGUGCAGCCUGGGCUCUGUAGUAUUUGAGUGCUUCGAGGCUGCCCUGGGGGCUGAGGUGCGAAUCUGGUCCUACACUCAGCCCCGGUACCAGAAGGAACUCAAUCUCACACAGCAGCUGCCUGACUGCAGGGGUCUUGAAGUCCGGGACAGCAUUCAGAGCUGCUGGGCCCUGCCCGUGCUCAACGUGUCUGCAGAUGGCAACGACGUGCACCUGGUGGUGGACAUCCCUGAGGAUCAGCGCUUUGGCCUCUCCCUGUACUGGAACCAGGUCCCGGGCCCUGCAAAACCCUGGUGGCACAGAAACCUGACUGGGCCGCAGACCAUUACCUUGAACCACACAGACCUGGUUCCCUGCCUCUGUAUUCAGGUAUGGCGUCUAGAGCCCGACUCUGUCAGGACCAGCAUCUGCCCCUUUAGGGAGGACCCCCGUGCACACCGGAACCUUUGGCGUGCCGCCCGGCUGCAGCUGCUGCCCCCGCGGGCCUGGCGGCUGGACGCGCCGUGCUCACUACCCGCUGAGGCCACACUGUGUUGGCAGGCACCGGAUGGGGGCCCCUGCCAGCCGCUGGUCCCACCGCUGCCCCGAGAGAAUGUCACUGUGAAUAAGGCUCUUGAGUUCCCUUUGCUGAAAGGCCACCCCAACAUCUGUGUCCAGGCAAGAAAGGGGCGCCAGAGAGCCAGGCUUGGGGUGAGCACCUGGGAGAAGCAGGAGCUACAAGAGUGCUUGUGGGCUGACUCCCUGGGGCCCCUCAAGGAUGACAUGCUGCUCGUGGAGACACGAGGCCCCCAGGACAACAGAUCACUCUGCGCCUUGGAACCCAGUGGCUGCACUCCACUGCUUAGCAGGGCGUCCACGAGGGCAGCUCGUCUUGGAGAGCCGUUACUACAAGAUGUGCAGUCAGGCCAGUGUCUUCAGCUGUGGGACGAUGACCUGGGAGCACUAUGGGCCUGCCCCAUGGAAAAGUACAUCCACCGGCGCUGGGCCCUGGUCUGGAUGGCCUGCUUACUCUUGGCCGCUGUGCUUUUCCUUCUCCUCCUCCUCAAAAAGAACCACGUGAAAGGGUGGCUGAGGCUCUUGAAGGAGGACGUCCGCGCGGGGGCGGCCGCCAGGAGCCGCGCGGCUCUGCUCCUCUACUCCGCCGACGACGCUGGCUUCGAGCGCCUGGUGGGCGCCCUGGCUUCGGCGCUGUUCCAGCUGCCGCUGCGCGUGGCCGUGGACCUGUGGAGCCGCCGCGAACUGAGUGCGCAGGGGCCCCUGGCCUGGUUCCACGCGCAGCGGCGCCAGACCCUGCAGGAGGGCGGCGUGGUGGUCCUGCUCUUCUCGCCCGGGGCCGUGGCGCUGUGCCGCGAAUGGCUGCAGGACGCGACGUCGGCGCCCGGGGCUCACGGCCCGCACGACGCCUUCGCCGCCUCGCUCAGCUGCUUGCUGCCAGACUUCUUGCAGGGUCGGGCGCCCGGCCGCUACGUCGGGGCCUACUUCGACAGACUGCUGUCCCCGGACGCCGUGCCCGCCCUGUUCCGCAGCGUGCCGGUCUUCUCACUGCCCUCACAGAUGCCCGAGUUCCUGGGGACCCUGCAGGGGCCCGCAGCCCCCCACCCCUGGCGGCUCGCGGAGAGAGCGGAGCAGGUAUCCCGGGCCCUGCAGCCCGCCCUGGACAGCUGCUUCCGGGCCCCGGGGACGGGACGCGGGAUGGGGCCUGAGGCAGAGGACAGGACUUGAAUAAAGGCAGACGCUAUUUUUCUA